AGGUGUGUAACGGAGCCGCAGGGAGGCCAUGGAAGGCAGUCCCUGUUCGUCUGAGCCGGACAGUCCUGGAGGUCUGAACCGAGGCUGCCUCCUGGACCCAGCUGAUGUCCUCUAUCACGAUCUCUCCAUCAUCGUCCCAGAAACACCCAGCCCACAGCUCGGCAAACGGAGGAGACGUGGUCGCAUCGCAGAGGAACAUUUCAGUCCUGUGGCUGUCGGCGGCUCUCCGGGACGACCGGAAGUUCCUCCUGGCACCGACCGAGGUUUCUCUCAUAAUUCCAAACGCAGGCGGCUGGUGGCGGCGAUGGGGGAGCAGAGCUUCGUUCCAGCUUCGUCUCUGAGGGCGUUCCCUCUGAGCAGCUGGCUGGAGACCCCGGUGUCAACUGCAUCCUGUUCCUCCUCCUCAUCCUCUUCAUCCUCCUCAUCCUCCUCAUCAUCAUCAUCUGCCUACCUCACUCCAGUAUCAGAGGAGGAAGUGGCUUCCACUGUGGCGGGCCCCGCAGUAGAAGCCAGCCCUGCUUGUUUGGACUGGAGGAGGAGGCAAAGUCUGAUGUCAGCGACGGCGCCUGGGUCGCCUCCGCCCGCCUCAGAAUCUCUGUCCUUCCUCACCGCAGAGGAGAGGAGAUGGCUGAGUGGCGAGCAAGGAAACGCCUCAACAGCACUGGAGGAGAUCGUCAUCAGCGACGAUGAGGAGGCCAUGGUUCGCUCGGCGCAGGAGGAGGAAGACGAGGCGAUGGCUCGAAGCCUGCAGGCCCAGUUCGACCAGGAGGAGACACACAGCAGACACCAGCACCACCACCAUCAUCAUCUUCAUCAGCAGAGCCACCACAGGUAUUACUCCUACAUGGAGCACAGCUGGAUGUCUCACAUGCUGGCUGCUGUCUCUCCGCUGGUCGGCUUUGAAGACGAUCCGAUUGGUCAACACAGGAGACGUGGGCGGGGCCGACGGAGGAACGCUCCACCAGAGUUUUCAACAAACCUUCAGGGAAACGACUACGAGGCUCUUCUGGAGUUCGAGGAGCGUCAAGGCGCCGUCAUGUCCAAAAAGUUGAGCCGGAGGGAAAUCCAGAGGUUUCCCACCAAAACCUUCAAGUCUGCCAGCAGCGCCGGAAACACUCAGUGUCAGAUCUGUUUCUGUGACUACACUGACGGGGAGAAGCUGAGGAUGCUGCCCUGUUUCCAUGACUACCACGUCCAGUGUAUUGACAGAUGGUUAAAGGAUAACCCCACGUGUCCGAUCUGCAGAGCCAACCUGGCUGACGGGGACUGCCUCGGCUCCCCGACCUCGAACCUCUGACGUCCUCCAGAGACAGACGGGUUGGCGCUCUCUUCCCGGCAGUAUUUGAAGAACCAUCACCUCACAACUUGUCUUUUUUUAUACUUUUAUUUGUUUUCUCUCCGUACUGAUUCAGUUAUUUGGUUUUUGUCUUGAGGGGACGCCGUCCGCUGUUUGAAAUAAAUACAAAGAUUUUUUUCCUCUUA